AUGGCCGACUCUGCGGCCGACUCCUCGACAGUGAGGGGCGCUGAGAAUCUCCCCCACCGUCUCGAUGCGAAAAGACCUGAGCCCUUGCCAGUUUCCGUUUCAAAUGGCCCGAAACUAUCCUCUCCUUUUCCCUCACCCACGCAAGCCAGCUGUCCUACGGAUACUCAGAACAAGAAAAUAGAAGCUACCGAUGAGAAAGGUUGGACAAGUGGCACGCAAUUGGGAAUAGAUAGGGAAACUGUGUCUGGAAAUGGAGACAUUUCAGAUAAUCCUGCAGGGGACGGUAAGCCUAAGUCGCUGAGUACUCGACACCCAAACGGGUCCCUUGAUGACCAGCAACAACUAUCGGAUCGCCCGGUACAGCCGUCUGUGCCUGGGACGUCCUCUUCACCGCGUCGCCCAAGUGUACAAUUCACCCGGGACACCCCCGACAACGAACCCUCUACCGAAUUGCCACAAUCUAGACCUGCAUCCGUGUUGGGUGAUGACGGAGACCCGGCGUCUAAAGGAAAACAAUCGAUAUUUACCAAAUUAAAAGCUUUUGCGGCUGGCCCUUCUUUCAGCCCACACUCUCGCUCAGCCAGUGGAGCAACCAUCGCCGAUGCAAAACACCCCGGUGACGUUGCUACUCCCGGUUCAGAAAGGGGAGAAUUCCGCUUUCCAGACACAUUAGAGGAAGAGGGGAGUGAUAUCGAUGCGGAUGCUGAAGAAAGUGCGGGGGAACAAGGGAUUCGUCAACGGAAAAAGAAGAAGCAAACACGCCGACGGCAGCAGCAGCAGCAGCAGCAGCAGCAGGGGGUCGAUUCGGCCCCUCAAACUGCUCCAACAACACCGAAAGUGAUGAGCCGACCAUCCUUCCACCUGUCUAGCUCAUUUGCCCCGUUUGAAAACUAUCGGUCUAAUUUUUUCCCCCGAAGAUCAAGCACUACAGAAUUUUCCCAACAGCGCGAGGGCGUCUCCGAGGAUGAAGGUCGCGAUCGUCUCAAUAGAGAUACUACAUGGAGGCGAAGAAGUGCAUGGCUCGCUAACUCUCGUGGAAUAACACAUAGUGGGCGAGCAGAAGGGCAAACAAACCAGGACGAAAGGCGCCCUAGUAACCUUAGGCGUCUUACCGGGCUUGCUGGGCCUUCCGAAAAUGCGGAAGGUCUAACAGCUCCUUGGAGGCGUCAUCGAGCGGAUCGUGGCUCUAGCCUCAGCGCUCAACGUUGGCGGCAGAUAAAAGCUGGUUUGAAAUUAAUAGGGCAGCGACGCAACAAAGACAAUACGGUGGACCAUGCAAAGUCGGCGGAGUUACUAGCAGAACUCACCUCUGGGGUACCGGCAGCUUUGAUUCUGGCAAGUAUGUUUCAACGGGACGAGCAUGGUAGCAAGCGAAUUCCAAUUCUUCUCGAACAGCUGAAGGUCCGAGUCACCGACAGUCGGAUUGAUUCUCACUCCGGAGACCGCCACUUGGUGUUCAGAAUCGAGCUCGAAUAUGGCAGUGGAAUGACAAGAAUGAAAUGGAUUAUCCACAGAACGCUGAAAGACUUUGCGAACCUUCAUCUUAAGUACAAACUUCACUUCGGAACCCAGAAGUAUAUCCAGAUGCGGAACCCCGAUGGUGGACAUCAUCUUCCGCGCUUCCCUAGAAGUGCGUUUCCAUAUAUGCGAGGUGUUCGAGGCCUUGACAGCGAAAUCGAGGACGAGGAAGACGAGGUUGGUUAUGAAACAGCGGCUGAGGCCACCAGCGGCAACGAGAGAACGGGAAAGAAAAAGAAGCAGCAGCAACCGCAGCAGCCACGCCGAUCAUCAGGUGCUCUGUCUCGGAGGAAGUCCAGUAUCACCAAUCCUCAAGACGGAGAGGCGGCUUCAGGAACCGCGGAAGCAAGUCCAGCAAAUAAGAAAGAGACAUAUCCUGAGAAACAACGCAAGAAGCUCGAGGCAUAUUUGCAAAAGAUGAUCCGUUUUCUGAUUUUUCGUGCUGACAGCAACCGCCUGUGUAAAUUCUUGGAAUUGUCGGCACUGGGUGUCCGUCUUGCGGCUGAAGGCAGUUACCAUGGGAAAGAAGGAUUUCUGAUUAUACAAUCAUCCAAAGGCCUGGAUUUCCGGAGGGCUUUGAAUCCGGCAUUGAUGAAGAAACGACAUUGGCCCAAGUGGUUUCUAGUCAGGCAUAGUUACGUUGUUUGCGUCGACUCGCCCGAAGAGAUGAACAUCUAUGAUGUUUUCCUUGUCGAUCCCUUCUUUCAGAUCCAAACCCAAAAUUUUAGCCUACGCAACCAAAAAGCAAAGGAGCUUGCCAAGUCUGCGACAGAGUCGGCGAGGCAUCCACAGCAUCACACAUUGCGACUCGUGAACUCGGAGCGAAAAUUGAGGCUGCUAGCCAGAAAUGAGCGCCAGUUACACCAGUUCGAAGACUCCAUUCGAUUCAUGGUCAGCAAUACCCCAUGGGCAAAACCAAAUCGCUUUGACAGUUUUGCUCCGGUGCGUCGCAAUUGUUUUGCGCAGUGGCUGGUUGAUGGGCGUGACCACAUGUGGGUUGUGUCGCGAGCUAUCAACCAGGCGAAAGAUGUGAUCUAUAUUCAUGACUGGUGGCUAAGCCCAGAGCUCUACAUGCGGCGGCCAGCUGCUAUCAGCCAGAAAUGGCGGUUGGAUCGUCUUCUCCAACGCAAGGCUCGUGAAGGUGUGAAGAUCUUUGUCAUUAUGUAUCGAAACAUCAACUCUGCUAUUCCCAUCGACUCGGAAUACUCCAAGUUUUCUCUUCUGGAUCUUCACCCAAACAUAUUUGUACAGAGAUCUCCAAACCAGUUUAGGCAGAAUACCUUCUUCUGGGCACAUCACGAGAAAUUAUGUCUCAUUGACCACACGCUGGCUUUUGUCGGAGGAAUUGAUUUGUGUUUUGGAAGAUGGGACACCCCGCAGCACCAACUCACAGAUGACAAGCUCACUGGUUUCGAAACUACUGACAUGCCUAAGGAUGCAGAUCACUGUCAACUCUGGCCUGGCAAAGACUAUUCCAACCCUCGAAUCCAAGAUUUUUACGAUUUGGACAAGCCAUACGAAGAAAUGUAUGACCGCAAUAUCAUUCCUAGGAUGCCCUGGCAUGAUAUCUCGAUGCAUGUAGUCGGCCAACCAGCCCGAGAUCUCACUCGUCAUUUUGUCCAAAGAUGGAACUAUAUCUUGCGCCAGCGAAAGCCGACUCGACCCACACCUUUCCUCCUGCCUCCUCCUGAUUUCGACCCGGCCGAUUUGGAAGCCCUUGGCUUGGAUGGAACCUGUGAAGUUCAGAUCCUGCGUUCUAGUAGUAUGUGGUCGACUGGUACGCCGGAUGUCACUGAGCAUAGUAUUAUGAACGCCUACGUUAAAUUGAUCGAAGAAUCCGACCACUUCGUCUACAUCGAAAAUCAGUUCUUCGUCAGUACGUGUGAGAUAGAUGGCAGAAAAAUCGAGAACUUGAUUGGGGACGCUUUGGUAGAGCGUAUCAUUCGGGCAGCCAAGAAUGGGGAGGCAUGGCGCGCCGUCAUUGUUAUUCCACUGAUGCCAGGGUUCCAGAACACUGUUGACAGUGAAGGUGGAACGAGUGUUCGUCUCAUCAUGCAGUGCCAGUAUCGCAGUAUUUGCCGUGGGGAGACAUCCAUCUUCGGACGGCUUCGUGCGCUUGGGAUCGAACCGGAAGAUUAUAUCCAGUUCUUCAGCCUUCGUGCCUGGGGAAAGAUAGGACACCAGAAGCAGCUUGUCACUGAGCAGCUCUAUAUCCAUGCCAAAUGCAUGGUUGUUGAUGAUCGUGCGGCGAUUAUUGGGUCUGCAAAUAUUAACGAACGGUCCAUGUUGGGUUCGCGAGAUUCUGAGGUAGCAGCUGUUGUGCGCGAUACGGACAUGAUCCGGUCUACUAUGAACGGUCGACCCUACCUUGUUGGACGGUUCCCACAUACGCUUCGCAUGCGUCUCAUGAGAGAGCAUCUUGGAAUUGAUGUCGAUGAGCUGAUGGAGCACGAUAUUGGGACAGAGGAAGAGUUGAGAAGAAUUCAGAUCGAUGAAGAAGGCACCCGAUCCCCAGGGAGCCACCAAAGACUCGACUCUGAGGCUCUGAUGGUAGAGAAGCAAGACGAAAGAGAUACGAUCGAGCGUCGCCAUCGGAUUCAAGACGAAUUUCUCUCCCGGUCGGAAGAUAUGUACAGCUUCAACCAUGACGUCGAUUGGGAGCAGGGUAACAAUCCGAACCUUAAGUCGAGUAGAAAACUUACCGCAGACGCGAGAGUCAUGUCCAACGUGGAACACAAAAAUGAUGUGGAUGGCAAUGGUCAUGACCGUCUGAAAACCGCAACACAGGCGGGAUUAGGAGACGCACGCGAUUCGCAGUUUGUUGAUGACAGCACGGAGGUUUUGGUCUCGCCCGUUGCGUCUGAAGGCAAGGGCACUCUCAAACAACCCAAGCAAUCGUCACAAUCGAGUUCUCAACGGAUUGGCUCUGAUGGUAAGGACGAAAACACAGAGCCGCCUUCCAAUGUAGUCAAUGACACUGAGUCAAAUGCUGUCGUGGAUGGGCUGCCAACAGCUCUUCAUCCAUCCCUGACAAAUAAUGACACCGAGAGCAGUAACAGUGGCAUGUUCGGAUCCAAGGAGAAGUCUGAUAAUUCCAAGUAUCCACACCCACUGAUGCCAGACUUGAAACACAUCUUCAUCGAUAAAGAUUGCAUGAGAGAUCCAGUGAAUGACAUAUUCUAUCUGGACACUUGGCUUGCCGUCGCCAGUAAAAACACAAAAAUCUUUCGAACUGUGUUCCGCUGCAUGCCUGAUAGCGAGGUGAAGUCAUGGAAGGAGUACAAAGAGUAUGCUGCCUAUGGAGAGCGUUUUGCAGAAAUGCAAAACCAACACAGCGCCAAAGCCUUUCAGCCCUCCAAUUCAAGACAGACAGGGCCGCCCGGGACCCCUGGGAACAAUACUAAACCUCAAGGAUCGCCGCCAAGCCAGAACACAGAGGAACAAGCCACGGAUGAAAAGCGCCCCAAGUCACCAGACGAGAAGCCCGAGGCUCGGGUUGCAGAUCGCCCUCAAUCAGAGCUGGCUCAACAAGAGACCCUCUCAUCAAUAGAUGAGAAGACGGCACUGAGAGCAUCGGAUACGCCGGGAUCGAGUAACCCACAAACCGCGCGGACCGACGAAAGUAGGGCUGUAGGAGAGGAACUGGACAAACCGCAGUCGAACCCGCAACUUGUUGACUACUCGGAAGCCCUGAACCGAAAUGCGACAACCCAGACACGGAGGCGAAGGCGAAGAGCGACAACUCUUGGUUCUCGUCGAGAAUUCCAUGCAACAGAUGAAGUGAUGGACAAGGAGCGUGCGGAAGAACUUUUGAAUAAAGUCCAGGGACAUGUGAUUCUCUGGCCCUAUGAGUGGCUGGAAAAGGAAGAGUCAGGCGGAAACUGGCUUUAUACGUUGGAUCAAAUUUCUCCUCUGGAAAUAUAG